UUUUUAUUUUCUUAAUUAAGAAACGUAUAAUAAAAUAUGUAUAUUAUUAACUUUCUUAAUAUUUUUCUUUCUAUGCUAUAAAGAUUAAAACUUUAAGCUUCUAAAAUGGUAUUUUUGCUCUUAUAAUCUGUUCAAAAGAUUAUGUGUUAAUGGGGUUUAUGUAAAAGUUGUUGUAAAAAAUUUGGAGACAUGUUGAUUUGUGGGUUGUUAUUGUUGAAGUGAGAAGAGUAUUUUUGUAUGUAUUUUUAACAAAAAAAAAGUGUUGUUUUUGAGCUUAUUGGAUCAAUAAAAUGUCUCAAACCAACUGGGAAGCUGAUAAAAUGUUGGAUGUAUAUAUCCAUGAUUAUCUAGUAAAGCGAGAUUUGAAGGCUUCCGCUCAGGCCUUUCAGGCCGAGGGAAAAGUAUCUUCUGAUCCUGUAGCUAUUGAUGCACCUGGGGGUUUUCUCUUUGAAUGGUGGUCGGUUUUUUGGGAUAUAUUUAUUGCCAGGACGAAUGAGAAGCACUCAGAAGUGGCUGCAUCUUAUAUUGAGACUCAGUUGAUUAAAGCACGGGAGCAGCAGCAGCAACAACAGCAACAAGCUCAGCCACCACAGAAUCCACAACAGCAACAACAGCAACAACAGCAAUUACAGAUGCAACAAAUCUUAAUACAGAGACAUGCUCAGCAGCAGCAGCAGCAGCAACAUCAUCAACAGCAGCAGCAGCAACAGCAGCAGCAGCAGCAGCAACAACAACAACAACAGCCUCCCCAGCAACAGCAACAGCAACAGCAGCGAAGAGAUGGCAGCCACCUUCUAAAUGGCACUACAAACGGGCUUGUGGGAAAUGAUCCACUCUUGCGCCAAAACCCUGGAACUGCAAAUGCCAUGGCGACAAAGAUGUAUGAGGAACGAUUAAAACUACCACUUCAAAGGGAUUCUUUGGAUGAUGCAGCAAUGAAGCAAAGAUAUGGUGAGAAUGUUGGCCAGCUUUUGGAUCCAAAUCAUGCUUCAAUAUUGAAGUCUGCAGCAACGGGCCAACCUUCAGGGCAAGUGCUACAUGGUACAGCUGGUGGAAUGUCUCCACAGGUUCAGGCUCGGAAUCAACAACUUCCAGGGUCCUCACAAGUACCAGACAUAAAGACCGAGAUCAACCCGGUCCUAAAUCCUAGAGCUGCUGGUCCAGAAGCAUCAUUAAUAGGAAUUCCCGGAUCAAAUCAAGGAGGUAAUAAUUUGCCUUUAAAAGGGUGGCCACUCACUGGGUUCGAUCAGCUUCGUUCUGGGCUUCUUCAGCAACAAAAACCUUUUAUACAGGCUCCUCAGCCCUUUCAUCAACUUCAGAUGUUGACGCCACAACAUCAGCAACAGCUUAUGCUUACACAGCAAAAUUUAACAUCACCAUCUGCUAGCGAUGAGAACAGAAGAUUGAGAAUGCUUUGGAAUAAUCGGAAUAUGGGGGGACUCGGGAAGGAAGGGCUGACGAACUCUGUUGGUGAUGUGGUUCCAAAUGUUGGAUCUCCUUUACAAGCUGGCGGUUCUCUCUUGCCUCGUGGAGAUACUGAUAUGCUGAUCAAGUUAAAAAUGGCUCAAAUACAACAACAGCAACAACAGCAGCAGCAGCAGCAGCAGAACAGUAAUCCACAGCAGCCUCCUCAGCUCCAGCAGCAUGCUCUUUCAAAUCAGCAGUCACAGAGUUCAAGUCAUAAUCUUCACCAGCAAGACAAGAUGGGAGGUGCUGGCAGUGUCACAGUAGAUGGUAGCAUGUCCAACUCUUUUCGAGGAAAUGACCAGGUUUCCAAAAACCAGACUGGGAGAAAAAGGAAACAGCCAGUAUCAUCUUCAGGUCCUGCUAAUAGCUCCGGAACUGCUAAUACCGCAGGACCCUCCCCGAGUUCAGCACCCUCAACACCUUCAACCCACACUCCUGGAGAUGUGAUAUCAAUUUCUUCUCUGCCACACAGUGGUGGUUCUUCUAAGCCUCUAGUGAUGUUUGGCACCGAUGGAGCAGGCACUCUUACAUCUCCUCCAAAUCAGUUGUGGGAUGAUAAGGAUCUUGAAUUGCAGGCUGACAUGGACCGUUUUGUGGAGGAUGGAUCCAUGGAAGAUAAUGUUGAUUCUUUUUUAUCGCAUGAUGAUAAUGAUCCUAGAGAUGCAGUUCCUCGUAUGGAUGUCAGCAAAGGGUUCACAUUUACUGAAGUGAGUUCAGUAAGAGCAAGUGCAAGCAAAGUAAUCUGCUGCCACUUCUCCUCCGACGGAAAACUGUUGGCUAGUGGUGGCCAUGAUAAAAAGGCUGUAUUGUGGUACACAGACAAUUUAAAGCCAAAAACUACGCUUGAAGAACAUUCGUCAUUGAUUACAGAUGUUCGUUUCAGUCCAAGCAUGCCACGCCUCGCCACAUCUUCAUUUGACAAAACUGUCAGAGUUUGGGAUGCUGACAAUCCCAGUUACUCCUUGCGUACUUUUACGGGACAUUCAGCCUCUGUCAUGUCGCUAGAUUUCCAUCCGAGUAAAGAGGACCUCAUUUGCUCUUGUGAUGGAGAUGGUGAAAUACGUUAUUGGAGUAUUAAUAACGGUAGUUGUUCAAGGGUAUUCAAGGGUGGUACGGCACAAAUGAGAUUUCAGCCUCGUUCGGGAAGGUAUCUUGCUGCAGCUGCCGAGAAUGUGGUAUCUAUACUGGAUGUCGAGACACAAGCUUGCCGACAUUCAUUACAGGGACAUACUAAGCCGAUCCACUCGGUUUGUUGGGAUCCAACUGGUGAGUAUCUAGCAUCAGUCAGUGAGGACUCUGUCAGAGUAUGGAGACUGGGAUCAGGUAGCGAGGGAGACUGUGUUCAUGACUUGAGCUGUAAUGGCAACAAGUUCCAUUCAUGUGUUUUCCACCCUACGUACCCUUCGUUACUAGUCAUUGGUUGUUACCAGUCCUUGGAGCUUUGGAACAUGACUGAAAACAAGACUAUGACUCUCUCGGCACAUGAAGGACUAAUUGCCGCCCUGGCUGUAUCACCCGCAACAGGGUUGGUCGCGUCUGCGAGUCAUGAUAAGUUUGUGAAGCUGUGGAAAUGAUAUGAUUCUGUGUCAGAGCGUUUAACGGGUACUAUUGAAAUGCUUUUAGCUUGUUUAUUUUGGUCAGUCAAUCAAAUCUACCUGUUUUGCGUUCUAUUCAGUUUCAGGUUCUUAUAACCCUAGACACUAACCACUGUUGUUAUUAUUGUUGCUGUAAUCUGGUAUAUAAAACCUUUUGUCAACUUACAGAUCAAUGUUCAAGCUUCUUGGGCAGUUUGUAUCUUGUAAUGUUUUUGUAUUCUAUUAAGAGGUAUCUGCUCUUCCUUGCA